AUGUCUUGGGAAUCAAAUGAAGUAAAUGUGGAGGUUGAUGGGAAACCUGAAAGAACUCUAGUCCUGCUUGGUCGGACGGGGAAUGGUAAAAGUGCAACUGGAAAUAGCAUCCUAGGAGAAACAAAGUUCCUGUCAAAAACAAGAGGAAGAUUCAUAACUAAAGAGUGUAAGCUACAUACUUCUCAGCUACCAAAUGGUCAGAGAAUCAAUGUUAUCGAUACUCCUGGUCUGUUCAGUGCUUCCUCGACGCCAGAUUUCACCAUCAAAGAAAUCGUGAGAUGCUUACGUCUGGCUAAAGAUGGCAUAGAUGCAGUCAUUCUGGUUUUCUCUGUGAGGAACCGGUUAACAGAAGAGGAGCAAUUAACGCUUCGCACAUUAAAGAUCCUUUUCGGAAGCCAGAUUGUUGACUACAUGAUUGUGGUUUUCACCAAUGGAGAUGCAUUCGAUGAUGGAGAUACUCUUGAUUACUAUUUGGAGGAUUGUCCUGAGUUUCAGGAAAUUCUCAAAGAAUGUGACGACCGCAAGGUGUUGUUUGACAAUAGGCGUAAUAUCCCUAAAAGCAAGAAAGAGAAGCAAGUCGAGGAUCUUCUCAACUUUGUCGAGCAAAUCUCAAAGAAGAACAACGGAAAGCCAUUUAUGGCUGACUUGUCACUUGAGCUAAGGGAGAACGAGGCCACGUUAGAGGAAAAACAGAAGCAGAUUCAAGCAAUGAAGGGUCAGUCGAAACAAGAGAUAUCACAAGUUAAGAAGGAAAUGGAGAAAACUUAUAACGAAAUGCUCGAAGGGAUAAAAGAGAAGAUCGCUAACCAGCUGAAAGAAUCACUGAAUGAUGUGAAGGAGCAACUAGCUAAGGCACAAGCAGCGAGACAAGAAACCGAGAAAAAGAUGACUGAAAUGCAUAAGCUAUCUUCUGAUGAGAUCAGGAGGCUGAGAGAACAGCUCAACAAUGCUGAGAUGGAAACCGCUAGAUUGCGCAGACAGCAGCGUACACAAAGAUGCUCUGUUCUUUAA